AGUCUCACAAUACACCUAUACAUACGUAUCAGCAUCUCUGUUCGUACAUUUUUGUUCAUUAUUUCUGUUCGUACAUUUUAUUUUACAUCCUCCGCCAUCCAUAACUUCAACUUCAACUGUUGACAACUUCAACUCCAAUUUAUUUUAACAGUUUGGAAAUGUUCACCAGUACACAGCGGAGGCGUAAGCAGUGGAGGCUUCAGAAGCGGAGGCACCAGCCGUGGAGGCGUCAGCAGCAGGAGCAGAGGGGUCAGCAGCGGAGGGACCAGCAACGGAGGCGUCAGCAGCAGGAGCAGAUGGGUCAGCAGCAGGAGCAGAGGGAUCAGCAGCAGGAGCAGAGGGGUCAGCAGCAGGAGCAGAGGGAUCAGCAGCAGGAGCAGAGGGGUCAGCAGCAGGAGCAGAGCGGUCAGCAGCAGGAGCAGAGGGGUCAGCAGCAGGAGCAGAGGGAUCAGCAGCAGGAGCAGAGGGGUCAGCAGCAGGAGCAGAGGGGUCAGCAGCAGGAGCAGAGGGGUCAGCAUAUACCUCCUACCUGUGAUUUGUGUCUGAAUAAUGACAAGAAGACUUACAUAGUCUUCAAACCCUGUGGUCACCGGCUGUGUUUGGAGUGUGUUCACAUGUUACCUCCUGGAACUGAGUAUCUCAACUGUUCAUACUGCCUUAAGUUUGUUCAAGGCUUUGAUUUCCCAGGUCUGUAG